UAUGGGUAAAUUUAUACGUCAAUUUAACUGUCAUUUAUUGGUUAAAAAAUGUUAUUAAACAAAAAUAAAUAAAUGCAUGGCAUUUUAUCAAAGUAAUGCAGCGAUAAAUUAUGGAUUAAAAUUAACAAUGUGAUUCAAAGUUUACUUUUACCGAAAAAUAUAUAAACAAUGACAAACAUGGGAGGUUAUGUCUCAAUAUCGAGAAUUUCAAGUAUUAUUUUUAGAAUGGUCCUAAAAGUAUGGGCCUAUUCAGGAUUAGUUCUCGUAUUUUGCUUCUUAUUAUACUACAUGUAUGGAGGAAUAUUUGCAUUUAUGCUCCUAUUCUUUUCUAUAACAGGUAUUUUGUAUCAAGUACAAGAUAUGCUGCUGUAUUCCCCUGAACUACCUAGUCAUUCUAGAGUUUAUGUUCCUAUUCCAACAAUGUUUGGUUUACCAUAUGAAAGUGUUCAUACCAAAGGUUCUGAUGGGGUUGAAAUUCACAUGUAUUUCAUUCAUCAACCUCUGGAAAGACAAAGACAUGCACCUACAAUUUUAUUUUUGCAUGGAAAUGCAGGAAAUAUGGGGCAUAGGCUGCAAAAUUGUGUAGGGCUAUUUCACAAUUUGCACUGUAAUAUUUUGUUGGUGGAAUAUAGGGGAUAUGGGCUUUCAGAAGGAAGUCCUUGUGAAGAAGGGCUUUAUAUUGAUGCUAAAACUGGCCUGGAUUAUUUAUACUCAAGAAAUGAUAUUAAUCACUCAGAAAUUAUUAUCUUUGGAAGAUCUCUUGGUGGAGCUGUAGCAAUAGACUUGGCAAGAAGAGAAGAUUAUGCCAGUAAAAUUUGGUGUUUGGUUGUGGAAAAUACAUUUACCAGCAUACCAGACAUGGCAAAAGUUUUAUUGGGCUGGAGAGUCCUAGAAUAUUUUCCAUUAGUAUUUUAUAAAAAUAAAUUUUUAUCAUAUUUAAAAGUAAAACAGCUUCGUAUUCCAAGCUUAUUCAUAUCAGGCUUAAAUGACACAAUGGUCCCUCCAAGAAUGAUGGCUGAUCUUCACCAUCGUAGUGGGAGUAUCAGAAAACAACUCCUGCAGAUACCAGGAGGAACACAUAAUGAUACCUGGCAAAUGCAGGGAUACUAUCAUUCGCUUGCUGUAUUCCUGCAAAACUGCAGAGUGCAAAAUACCAUAGACAAACAGAAAACUGCAUGCUUCCCAGAAACUUCGACAAGUACUGAUCAUAUUUGGGGAACAGUUCAUGUUAUCUAAUAUUUUUGUAAUUUAAUAUUGUACAAAAUAUAGGUAAGAUACAAGUUCUUUAUUGUAGUUUAUACAUUUUUGUGAUUGUAAACCACGCACUUUAAAGUGUCUGGUUAUAUUUAAUUUUUAUAUCGAAUUAUUCCCAA